AUGGAAAACGAUGUUAGCCAUAUGGAGGAGGACUCAAUCGAAAUGAGAAGAGCGAUUACCUUGGAAGAAUGUUCCCAUAUAAUCGGGGUGAACGGCGUGGCUCGUUACAACAGAGAAGCAUUUAAACAACUUUUGCUGGAUCAGAAAUGACAAACCAAACGAUUUUAUUAUCCAACUCGAGAAUGUUGCAUAUAGCAUAUGUGGUGAUAAUCCAAUAACUUUCCCGAAAUUUCAACAAAUAUUUUCUACUAAAGAGACCACUCGCUGGUUUCGACAAGCACAGUUUGGAAUGGUUGGAAAAGCUUUUUAAACAGACGGUGGGCAAUGAAAAGGAAAUUAGACGCGAAGAAUUUAACAAAAUCGUCAUUUCGAAGAACGUAGGCAGGGGGCAUAAAAUGUAAUUUCUUUCAGCCGUUUUUCACUGACAGAGUAUUCCAGAUUUUCGACAAGGAUAAUUCUGGAACGAUAUCACUUCAAGAAUUCCUCGAUGCAAUGCAUCAGUUUGCAGGAAAAAGUCCUGACGAUAAAAUCAAAUUUCUCUUUAAGGUUUACGACAUAGACGGUGACGGAGUGAUACAACUUCGUGAAUUGGAACACGUGAUGAGAGCUUGUAUGGAAGAAAAUGGAAUACAAUUUAGCGAGGAACAAAUUGAGGAAUUAACUAUAGCGUUAUUUGAUGAUGCUGAUCAAGCUAACCGAGGUGCCAUCACCUUUGAAGCUUUGAAAAAACAAUUAGAGAAACAUGAAGGAUUAUUAGAAAAUCUAUCGAUUAGUAUUGACCGAUGGCUGGUACCGCCAAAACCAGAAAUGAAGCAAAAAUCACGCUUAGAAUUUCUUACCUCGUUGCGCCCUUAUCAAUUAACGAAGCCAUAUAUGAAGAACAAUUAUGUUUAUAUCCUUUUCAUCUCAAUCUUCAUCUCAAUCAACAUGGUCUUAUUCGUAACGAGACUCUACGAAUAUAGAACAUUUAAUGGCUACAUCAUGCUUGCACGUGCCUGUGGUCAGUGCUUAAAUCUCAACUGCAGUUUUAUUCUGGUUCUUAUAUUGCGUCAGUGCAUUACUUUUCUACGAACUCAUGGUUUUAAUUCUGUAUUGCCAUUGGAUCAACAUAUCUAUCUUCAUAAGCUAACUGGAAUUCUAAUCGGUAUCUUCAGUAUAGUACACACACUGAUGCAUCUUCUCAAUUUUGGUACUAUCGUGGUAUAUGAUGAAAUUCUUAAUUCCAAUAAUUAUACAAUAUCUGAAUGGUUGCUAACAAGUCGUCCAGGUCUGUUUGGACUUAUAAAAGGCUUCGCAAAUCCAACUGGAGUUAUUCUCAUCAUUCUUCUUGUCAUAAUAAUGAUGUGCUCCAUGCCGUUUGUUCGACGUGGUGGAUGUUUCGAGGUAUUCUACUGGUCACACUUAUUAUACGUACCAUUCUGGAUAUUGAUGAUACUACAUGGACCAAAUUUCUGGAAAUGGUUCGUAGGGCCAGGCAUCUUGUAUCUGCUGGAAAAAAUACGACGAAUUGCCUGGUCUCGGUCACAAUUAGGAAAAACAUACAUAAGUUCAGGGCUUCUGUUGCCAUCGAGAGUGACUCAUUUAGUCAUCAAGAAACCACCACAUUUUGUCUUUCAUCCCGGCGAUUAUGUUUUUGUCAACAUUCCGGUUAUAGCUCGUUAUGAAUGGCAUCCUUUCACUAUUAGCAGCGCGCCAGAACAAGAAGGACAUAUAUGGCUACACAUACGAGCAGUAGGUGAAUGGACGAAUAGCCUUUACUCAUAUUUUGAGAAAGAACAGAUGAAACUUCGGAGGAACAGUAUAUUUCCUAACAAAAAUUACAGCAACACUAAUACUCCGAAGAAAAUGAUACUUUCAUCCACUACAAAGAACAGAAAUCAUCGUGGUUUCGACAAUUUUGUAUUUGUUUCCGAUAACGAAAAAAUAACGCACUCGCCACAGUCUGCAAUCGGCAUAGCAGAUAUUAAUAAAAUUUCGAACGAGAAGAAACGUCAUCAUUCUCUAUUUGUUAGUAAAAUGCCUUUGGAAAAGUCUAUUUCAGUACCUAACAUGCUGCCAGAAGAGAAAAAAAAUGAUAGAUUAACAGUCCUUCGUGAUUAUACGAGAUCAGAAUCAGAAAGAAACUUCAACGACCGUCGAAUGCAACAUGCGCGUUUAAAAUCUUUGGACCAGGUUUAUUCCAGCCCGCAGAAUAAGGAAUUGGCUCAAAGCUUUCGAUAUAUGCGGAACAAACCCACUAUAAUUGCUUUCAAAACUCCAAGUCUGGAAAAUUAUGAAUCAGAAUUAGGCACAUCUAUAAAUGAAUAUACAGUAUCACAGACAACUAUAGAUGAAUACAAAAGAAAAUCAUCGAACAAUCUAAAUACAAUUCAAGCAGCAGAAGAAGGCAGACUCCAAGAGACUUCAAACAGAAAUUCUGAUGAUAUCGAAUCUGAUUCAUGUUUAGCACUAAACUAUACCGUUGGAAAACCACUGGAGAUCUUUUUGGAUGGACCAUACGGAGCUCCUUCAAGUUAUAUAUUUCAAGCGCAACACGCAGUUUUAAUCGGAACAGGAAUUGGAGUAACACCUUUCGCUUCAAUAUUACAAUCAAUUAUGCAUCGUUACUGGAAAGCCAGGCAUACUUGUCCGAAAUGCAAAUUCUCUUGGGCCAGUGAAAUUCCUCCCACUGUAGACUUUUUCUGGAUCAACAGAGAUCAACGAUCCUUCGAGUGGUUCGUGAAUUUAUUAUCCCAACUAGAAAUGGAACAAGCAGAGUUAGGCGUUGCUAUGGAACGUUUUCUUGAGAUGCACAUGUAUAUUACCAGUGCUUUACAGAAAAAUGAUAUGAAAGCCGUUACUUUACAAUUAGCUAUGGACUUGGUCCAUCAAAUGGAAAAGCGGGAUCUUAUAACAGGUUUGAAAACACGGACAAACGCUGGCCGACCAAAUUGGGAUAAAGUAUUCAAACAGAUUCAAGAGCAGAAAAAAGGUAAAGUGACGGUCUUCUAUUGUGGUCCACCGCAACUGGCAAGAAUUUUACGUUACAAGUGUGAUCAAUUCGGUUUCAACUUCAGAAAAGAAUCAUUUUAAAAAAAAAAAACAAUUACACUGUAUUACUACGAAAUAUUUAUAAAAUUCCCAUUUAUCAUCAAUUUUUUCCUAAAAUUACAUAUCGAUACAUCUUGACCAAAUUUUCAUCGUGUAAUAUUAUGUUGUCGAAUGUUACUUAAUUUUGUCUUGUUUAGAUGAUUGCUACGAUCUUUUCAAUAAUACCAUCCAAGUACAAAAAUUUUACUUCAUGUUGUUCAUAAUUCUGGCUGUUUCAUGCAUCAACCAAAUUGUCAUUAAUACAAGGAGAAAAUUUAUUUGCCGUUCUGUCAUAAUAAAAUUAUAAUCAUCAUUUUGUUGAAUAAAUCAACGAUCGUCAAAUUUGUAAUCAGAAUCAGAUAUGUGACUAAUUUCAAAUGUGUAAUAAUUCAUAAUAUUCUGAUAAUUUCUGUUUCGUUAAUUAUUUUCUCGAAUUGCUAAAUAUAAACGGAAUUUUGAUUACCGAUGCUUGUUGAAUACCAAAAUGAAUUUUUUUUGCAACAUACUUCAUUCGUUGUUAUAAUUAAGAAACCUAUUUUAAUUUGUUCAAUAUUCAUUACAUAAAAUUAAUAAACUUAAUUUGAAAUUACUUUGAAAAUGCCAAAGUUAAUUAAACGGUAGAACAAAUAUAAAUACAAGAUUCGUUAGUCAAAACUGAAACAUAAAUUAUACGAUUUAUUUUAUAUAACAACAAACGAAAGAUUAAAAUUUAAAUUUACGAUAGCUCAAAAAUUUUUGUAAAGUUAGUAUACUAUCAACUAACAUCGUUAAAAUAAAAAAAUAAUUGUAAAAAAUAUUUUAAAUAAUUUAAAAAACAACAAGUAACGACCUGUAAGAAUAAACUAUAAAAUUUAACAUGUGCAUUGUCACACAACAUACAAUUAUGCUAUUCGAUACAAACUUCCAAAACUUCAUGAAGUUCAACUACAAACAUACAUUACAAAUAAAUAUAUUUAAUAAUGAUUUGUUAUAACUCAUUAUAAGUGCGUAAUAUAUAGUUAACUUAGGCUUUUCUUAUAUUAAGGAAAAUAGAUAAAAAUAAACAAUCACGUAUCUGAAAACAAUAUUAAUAUAUAUUUUUUAUUUCAAAAUUUAAUAACACGGAUUAAUAAUAAAAUUUAAAAUAUAUAACUGAUAAAAUAUAAAAAUACAAUUCAUAUACAUAAAAAAUAAUUUAUAUCAUACCUUUAUCUUUAUCAUAUUUGUUUAUAUUUUUUUAUUCAUAAAAUAUAGCAAAUCUUUUUCCAUUUAAAGCCAAACUUUAGGAAUGUACAAGUAACUGAAACCUCUUAUAUUUUGAAAGGAACGAAUUAGAUAAUUUUCUUAUCUGUGUUUACAAGCAUGGUUGCUUUAUUACAGUAUUUAAUAUUGAAUUCACAAGGAUGUUGGUACCAUGGUUCACCAUCAAUUUGCAUAGCGCAAGACUUUAUUAUUUUUACCUGUAUUUUAUAA